AGCCUAUAAAGGUCGACGAAGGACCAUAAACGUCAGCUGACUAUGUUAGCCAAUCAGCUCCACGGAUCGGUUACUGACACUCGUCAGUCUUCUGUUGAAGAAGGGAGAUUUGCGAGCCCCUGUCACAGCUAUGGCCAGUUUGGCAUGGGGAAGGCAGGCAUCAGGCCAAGAGUUCUUUAAGAAACACAAGGGGGAGCUAGAGAUGCGUCUUCAUGUCCUUGAUCCUAUCCUAAACCACCUGGAGUGUGGCGGGGUUCUCUCUUGCCCGGAGAGGGAGGAAGUGGAAAGCAACACAACCCGCCUAAAAAAGAACUUUGCCCUCAUAACCAUGCUGGAGAAGAAAGGAGGUGUGGCCCAAGAGAAGCUUUAUGAGGCUCUUAAGAAGCAUAACCCUCUUCUGCUGGAGGAUCUUCAGCCUGAGCCACAGCAAAGAGGAAAUAUUCCUCCACCUCGACAGAUCCAGUUCACUUCAGUGCAGCCAGACUCUGUGUCCUUAAGCUGGUCACCACCAGAGUGUGCUCCUGGACCCCACAGGUUCAGAGUGACCUGGAGAGGUGGUGAAAAGCAGCACAGCAUGGUAGUGGCAGGUUUGGGUCUAAUGGUGACAGAACUGAUUCCAGGAGAGAAAUAUGACUUUGCUGUGGCCACCUUCGGGGAAGAUGGCUACCAGAGCUCAUGUGUGGAGAGGUCUGUUCACACAGAGGUUCCUCCACCAGAGAAUCUCACUGUGGAUUUGAACUCAUUGACGGCCUUUCUGAAGUGGACCAAACCCGCCGGAGUGGACCAGGUGUCUUACCUGCUGGAGCUUCAGAAUCAGAAAUGCAUAGAACCCGUCCACAGAGGUUCCCCCAAUUAUACCUUCACUGGCCUACAACAUGGAGUACAUUACACCAUCAGUGUGUACACUGUGCUGAACAAUGGCCGCCAAAGCAAACCAAGCAGCCAAAUCUUUAAAAUAGAGAUUCCAGUCCCAGAAUGUCUGGCUGUGAGCUCCAUCACUAAAUCAUCUGCUAGCCUCAGCUGGGGGGUGCAUCCUGAGAUGAAGCAGACUCCACGCAGAUUCCUGGUCUCUUAUCAGAGUGAAGGGACUGAGCCACAGUCCAUGUUUACUGAGUCAUGCAGCGCAGACACCACAGGCCUGAAACCAGAAACGGACUACACUGUUAGAGUCUACACUCAGCUCCAACAUGGAGGAAAGAGCCAGCCUGCUUCUGUUCACUUAAAGACAGGUCCAUCUCUGAGAAUCGUGUUGGUUGGAAAGACUGGAGUGGGAAAGAGUGCUGUUGGCAACACUAUCCUGGGGAGAGAAGCAUUUUGCUCAAAUAACUCAGUCACACAAGUAUGUGAAGGAGUGUGUAUGGGCAGUCCGAGACCAGUUAAAGUGAUUGAUACGCCUGGUAUUUUACACAAAGACAGAGAUGUAUAUGAUGUUAAAGUGAAAUGUUUGACAUACUCGUCUCCAGGACCCCAUGUAUUCCUGCUGGUGACUGCAGUGGGGAAGUUCAGUAGGAAUGAACAGAAGACAGUAAGAGCCCUACAGGAACUCUUUGGGGAAAGAGCUGCUAAGUACACAAUGGUCCUGUUCACUCACAGUGAUAAACUGCAUGGUCAGACUAUUGAUGAAUAUGUGCACUCUGCCCACCCUGAAUUGAAGGAAGUGAUAAAGAGCUGUGGUGGACGAUACCAUGUGUUCAACAACAACAGCAGAGAUCACACACAAGUUGUGGAGCUGAUGAAGAAAAUAGAUGAGAUGGUGAAGAGAAAUGGGGGAGGUCACUUCACUGAGGAGAUGUACGAAGAGGCGAGGGCUUCUGAACUGAAAAUGAUCCAGUUGAAGUUAGUGGUUGUUGGCGGUCCUUGUUCUGGGAAGGGUAGUUUUCUUAGAUUUUUCCGGGAAAACAAGUUUCCUGAAGAUUGGGUUCCCGUGAUAUUUGAUCACUGUGAAGUUCCCAUUGAAGUUGAUGGGAAACAGGUGCAGCUGGAGCUUAGGGGCACAAAUGGCAUGGAUGACUAUGACAUACUGCGGCCCAUGUCCUACCCCAACACAGAUGCCAUUCUCAUCUUUUUCUCUAUAGUUCAACGAGACACCUUGGAGAGCAUUCCAAAGAAGUUCAUUCCAGAGGUCAAACACUUUUGUCCAAACGCUCCCAUCAUUCUGGUGGGUAACAAGAAGGAUCUGCGCAACGAUGAGUACUCACUACAGCAACUAGCAAAGAAUAAACAGAAACCUGUUAAAGAAGAGGAGGGCCAGGACAUGGCCAUUCGCCUCAAUGCCUUUGGCUACAUGGAGUGCUCAGUCAAGAUGAAGGAGGGCCUCCUUGAGGUGUUGGAAUUUGCCACCAGGGCAGCGCUGCAAGCCAAGAAGCCCAGCAAAAAAAGUACCUGCCCCGUGUCAUAGAAGACGAGAGGAUGUUAGGAAAGGGAGGGACAUGGGGCGUGAACCAGGCCAACCAACAAACCCAAGGAGUAGUUAUUAGAAACGGGGAGCGUUGCUCAUGCUCAGGGAUUUGAUUUGUGAUAGGCUAGCUGUAACUGUGUCUUAAGCUUGAAUUGGCAGUAAAUACUGCCUGGCACCCCAGAGACAAUUUAAUCUUUACAUUUUGAAUAAAAAUUCAGAUUAGUCACGUUACAAGGCAGGAGAGUAGGAAGCAAAACCAUGAGACGCAGAAGGGCCGAUAUUUGAGUACUCCCAGGGACACUGCAUCCUUCAGUCUGGCCAUCCUGACUGGACCCACCAUGUCUGCCAUGCUAACUAGGCUGACUUUGAGCUUAAUACAUCCUCCAUCUUGCCUCAGUGAUGCUAAUUAACUAAUUAAGUUGUUGUAUGUGAAGGUUUUUUACUCUUGUCAAUGUCAUGCUUAAAAAUGGAUUGAACAGAUCUAAGAUUACUUGAGUCUGUGCUUGGACUGUCCAGAUUUCUGGAUUGUGCUGAUGGAUGAUCAGACGAUUGUCAAAUGAUAAACUGAAGGAAGUGAUGCGAAGCUGUGGUGGAAAAUACUUAUUUUUGAAGACUAGAUAAUUUGAACAUGCAUCAACUGAUUCUAUGAUAUGUCUGUGGAUCUGUGGUUAGUUAGUUGAAUGAAGUUGUUAUAUUGGUAGGACAACAGUAAUCAUAUGCUUAUUGUGAUGUGUCUGUCAGUGUUUGUCUUCAAUGUCUAUGCAACAUCCAAAUGGGACACAUAAUCUAAAACAUCCGUUACUGUAACAGCCCUCUGUGAACUACAGAGGUUUUUAGUAUAUUGCACAUUCACUGUAAAAAGUGGAAAAAAUGGAUUUACUUAAUACCAUUGAAGUAAUCAAUCAAUAAAUAUUUUACACUGA